AUGCGUGUCCUAGCUAUCCUAGCCCUGUGCCUAGCGGCCGUGGCAGCCGUUCCAUCCCGUUCCCAAAGGAUUGUCGGAGGAUCGGUCACCACCAUCGACCAGUACCCCACCAUUGCUUCUCUGCUGUACACAUGGAACUGGAGUAGCUACUGGCAAAACUGCGGUGGUACCAUCCUCAACAACCGUUCCAUCCUUACCGCUGCUCACUGCACAGUUGGUGACGCCGUAGGCAGAUGGCGCAUCCGUGUUGGCUCCACCUGGGCUAACAGCGGUGGUGUUGUUCACAACGUUGCUCAGAACAUCGUUCACCCUCAAUACAACGUAGGAGCAAUUUACAACAACGACAUCGCUAUCCUGCGCUCCGCCACCACCUUCACCUUCAACAACAAUGUCCGCGCCGCAUCCAUCGCUGGUGCCAACUACUUCCCCGCUGAUAACCAAGCUGUUUGGGCUGCUGGAUGGGGAGACACUUUUUCUGGUUCACACGCUGGCUCCGAGCAACUCCGUCACGUCCAGGUUGUAGUCAUCAACCAGAACACUUGCAGAAACCAGUACCUCAACACUAUCUAUUCAAUCACCGACAACAUGUUGUGCUCUGGAUGGCCCAACGGUGGUCGCGACCAGUGCCAGGGUGACUCUGGUGGCCCUCUCUACCACAACGGCAUCGUUGUUGGUGUCUGCUCUUUUGGUAUUGGCUGUGCUGAAGCUAGAUACUCUGGUGUCAACGCUCGCGUAUCUCGCUACUCCUCCUGGAUUGCCGCCAACGCAUAA